AUGGGUUUGAAAGCCAUUCUGCAGAGUUCAUUGUGGAACUUGCUGGAAGUAAAAAGGAUUAAGCGUAGUGUUUUUUUGGUUUCAGUAAGAGGACAGAGGCGGCAAUACCAAACUUUAAGAAGGCUAACUGGUUUGUUAAACUGCAGCCGGGUUUCGGGGUUGCAACCCUCCGUGGCUGCUGGAGAAAGCUAUGGCAAAUACCCGAAAGAGAGAGUAGAUGGGUGGCUGGAGAUUGAAUUGGGUGAGUUCAAUAGCGAGAACGGCGGAGAUGGAAAAUUGAAGAUAAAUUUACAAGUGAAAGGUGAUCACUGGAAAAGUCGUAUCAUUGUUCAAGGGAUAGAGAUUAGGCCAAAAGGAGAUUAA